CGCAGAGCUGGUGCAUGGCAACAGCUCAGGGAGCCACAUUAACACACACCGGAAACUAUAGGAUACAGCUCCAUUGAACAGUAAUGGGAGAUAUCACUCACUCAUGACCACACAUGGAAGUGUUUUCCCCUACCUUACAGAUGACCCACUGGAAAAGCCCGAUGUAAGUGGAGCAUGCUCCAGUAUGACAACAGGCAUCCUAUGGACUGCAUGUGUGUGGACAUACAGAGGAAUACUCUGCACCUGCAGGUUUCUCUGGAUUUGUCCGUACAAUGCGGUCAGAUUCUUGCCAAGAGAAAAACCCAUCGCAGAGGACAAAAGCAGGCAGGUUAAACGGCACGUGGUUUCUGAAAAUAAAAUGACAGCAGCCAUUCCUGGGAGUCCUGAUCGCACAAAUGCACUUCACAAAAGACUGAACAAGACCGAGAGAGACAUUCUGUCACUCAAGACCAGGAUUGCCUGCGAGAGAGCAUCAUGGGAAAGAAGAUUUAAUGAUCUGCAAAGACAACAGGAAGAGCUACGUAAUCAGCUGGUCUCUGAUGCUGGGGUGUCGGUGAAAGUGGGGGCUUGUGAGGACACUGGAGAGUCGGGAGUGGACAAUGGAGAUACGUUUGAUGAAUGCUCAAGCGGUUUACACCAACGCAGAACGUCAGCAAAGUCAUCGAGAAGUGACAGCUAUGCCUGCAGUUUGUCAGGCUGCCAGAUGACAUCAUCAUCAGCACUAAGCUCUAGAUCUACUUCCUCCUCAUCCUCAGCCUCCAGUGUGCAGUCAUGGAGAAAAUCUCGAGGCCCUCAUCGAGUUUUUGUUCCCCACUCACCCAUGGACCUGCAGCUCGGCCACCGGGUCAGGAUCAUGCUGCCAUCUGGAAGGAUCAGCACGGGGACAGUUCGUUUCCUGGGCCACCUGCAGGGGGAGGCAGAUCUCCACCUUGGGGUGGAGCUGCACGCUCCUGAUGCAGCGCACUGUGAUGGACGUUACAAGGGUCAGAGCUACUUUGAAUGCAAACCUGGAUAUGGUGCCUUCGUGCCAUUCCACAAACUACUGAUGGCCUGGGAAUAAGAGAGAACUCAUGGAAUGUAUCAGAGUACUACCUACUGUGAUCAAUUUAGUAUAUUUAAGUACAUUUUUGUAUAAAAGUUUAAUAUACAACAUGUAUAAUAGGUGUGAUAGCUCAAAAAGAUGACAUUAUUCAUUGUUGAUAACAAUAAUCCAAUUUCUAGAAAUGCAGCUUUAGGUAAUUCCAUGAUGCUGGAACUGGUUAUAAUGAUGUUUAUGCAUUUGGGGGGAAAUUCACAAAUACAAAAAAUAAUUCUUUUGACGGGAAGCCUGUAGGUGCAAUGACUCAUGUUAAGUUGUCAAACACUGGCUUUUGUUCUUCAAAUAUUUUUCAAAAGAGAUUUGCAUUUAAGGCAGUCAGUAUAUGUGAGGUUACCAUGUAAAUCA